CGUUGUGUGGUGAGGACAGAUUUAGUCAUCAUGGAUAUUUUAGAUAUCGACGAGGCUCUUAAAGAUGAUUCCUUUAUAUUUCUCGAAGACAAAACACAUGAUGACAUUUCCAACAUAUUGCAACAAUGGAAAAGUAACAAUUACAUGCCGCCUUCUAAUAACACCCAAACACAGCAACAACAAGAACAAGCAUAUAAAUUAGAUUCCAGAACGUUCACGCGACCAAAACGGAAGUUGGCACAAAAUCUUGAACCACAAUUCACAAAUAGUACCUCGCCCUCAAGUGCUUCACAAUACCAACCACAACAGACUUUCAAUAAUUCACAACAUGAGAACCCAAUGUUUAAUUUGGAAAUCGGUGGUCUGGUCACAAAUAUGCAGAAAUCAUUUCUGCAUGAUGUUUCUCCGCCAUCUUUUUCGUCCAUGGAUGCCUCCAUAGAUCGCAUGAACAACUCUCUGAUCACAUCAGCAGAUUUUUCAAACAUCAACUUUUUGCAGUCGACAAACAGUUUAGACUUUGGAGGCAACGACAUUAAUGGCCAUGGAGAUUUUGACUUCAUGGGCAAGAUAACAAAUGAUGGUUAUACUCUCAGCGACAUGAUUCGAGAUCGUAAAGCUCUGGAGUCAUUAACAAUGUCGAGUGAAGGUACCCUGAUCAAGGACAUGCAUAUCGGUCAAAUAGAUGAUAUUUCGUUGACACUGAGUAAAACCGCUUCGGGAUGCAGUACCAUGGAUAAUUCGACUGAAAGUGUUGAAGUCAAUAAUCGAACAAUGGAAAUUCCAAAUAAAACUCGCAGUUUCGAUACAAAACCGAAUCAGGGAGGAGUCGCAAGUAAGAGCAACAGUGGUCUCGACUUAAAUCGAACUAUGGUGCUGACGGAUGAAAUGAUUGGUGAUAUAACAUACAAUUUGGUGGAGAACAGUAUGUAUGGUAGUAUGGCUUCCGAGAAAGCCCUCAACAUUACACAGAGUCUAACGAAAUCACAACAAUCGGGCUCGGAAUUAUCCUCCAAAACUGCACCAGGUUUAGAUCAAACUGUAUGUCUGUCGACGGAAGGCGUUUGUGGCACAACCUUGGAGAAGACAGAAAAUUCAACAUUUGAUUGCCAAGAGAACAUAACUCCCAACAAUCGUUGUGAAACCCCGGAAGGUAUCGAAAAGCCAAUCACAUCACUGAAAUACUACGAAUCUACUCCACAAGCAACGAGUGUGCGUUACAACAAACAACAUUAUACACCCACUCUGAAAAUGGUGGACGAUGUGAAUAUUUCACCGAUAAUAGCGUCGUCGGCCCUUCUUCCACACAAUGCCACACGCGUUCUCAAUGACACGUUUGAGCAUGAACAGCGUGUUAACAAGACCAACAACAUUAUCAAUACAAAUACUUUCUCUGGUAAGUUGCCCUUGAAUGCCACCGUGGAAAUGAUUGAAAACAUCGAGAAUCCCAAUGGAACAUACGAGAAGGGGAAUCAGCACUACGAGCAUCCGAGUCCAGUGUCGUUAGAAAUGAAGAAUGUUAUGGCCUUAGCUCAAGCUGAAGCAAAUCUGUUGGCUUCCAACAACAACGAAGAGGAAUUCGACCACAUGCUCGAUGAGUUCAGCAAGGUCGAACUCAAUGCGGAACAACUAAAGAUGAAAAAGUCCCUGGACUCCAUUAAGAAACGAUUCAACUAUGGACCCAACAAGGACAGAUCAAAUUCUCGAGAAAUAUCCCGCGAAGCUAGGGAUAUGAGAGAUAUGAUGCGGGCUUCGGCCGACAUUUUGGGUGAUGAAGAUCAAUCAUCCAAGGACUAUCUGAACAUGACUAUGGAUAUUGUCGGGAAAAGUGACAUGAGAAGAUCCAAAGAGACAUUAGUGGAAUCACCACAUGCUUUGAGCGAAGGUUUGGAGGGAGUUAGGAGCCCACUUAAGGAUUCUGUUACCAGCAGCAGUAUAAGUGAAUCGAAAAUCUCAAACGGAGGCCUUAGCAUGUCUUCCGUAAGCAGUGCUAGUAAUUGUGGCGAAAGGUUACUAAGUCGACGCAGUCGGCUAUACGAUGAUAUUAACCUAUCCACACUUUCGCCCAGUUCGACACAUGGCUCAAAAAUGUCUUUGGGCUCUUCGUUUACUGUGCACAGAGACGAUGACAAUGUCACCGUUGCCGCCACCACCACCACCGAUGAAAAUCGUCCAAACACAAGAAAUGAGACUGAAAAUGUGUGUUGUCAAAGUGCUCUUGAAAUGGUGCAAGAAAAGACUGAGAAUGCUACGGAAGAGGUCAAUUCGGAAGCGUCCACAUCAUGUGCUCCUCAGACGCAGGACACUUCAGCUGCAGCACAAUACAAACUUGCCGAAAAGCGAGAAAGAGACCGCGAUCGUUUCAAAACCAUUAAAAUAACUAAGAAUCGCAGUGGUGGAGGAGCGAGUCAAACUGGAGUGGAAUUAAAUGUGCCUUGUAUUGAUGAUGAUUUCGAUGUAGAUGUUAAUGCUGUGGUGGAGAACCCACAAGAAUCGAACUCACGAAUUUCCCGAAGAGAUCAAACAGUUUCACCCGUUUUUAAUAACAAUAAAUCGGAAGUAGAAAUUGUCGAAGCCACUAAGACAACAGCAUCGAAAAUAAACCCCAACUAUUUAACGUUCAAAAAGCCAAAAGACAAGCAAGCGAAUGUCCGAAACUUGCCAGAAAUUGCUCCCGCUUCUACAAACACAAUUGCAGCAGCGCCGGAUGUAAUGGCAAACAAACCGCGGUCACUCUCUCGUCCGCGAUACCUAAGUGGAUUGACCAAGUUUAGUGCGGUCAGCAAGGCAACAUCAGCUGAUGAACUGGAAAAGUCAAUUCCCCGUCAAACGAAUUUAAAUGCCACAACCAACGCAAUAUCUAGCGGGCUGACAAGAGUGACAAAUGGUGCCAACAGAACGUUAAACGGGGGCCAAACAAACGAACAGCCAAGUGGAGAAUUGAAAAGUCCCAUGGGUAUUAAAUCGAAAUCAUUUCAUAAUCUAUCAAGCAAUCAUACCUCAGCUACCAAUAUUAGCAUUGGAAGUGGUGGAGGUGUACCUGCUCCUAGAACAUUUGGCUUAAGAAAACCAAGUAGUGCAACAUCGACCGAAAAAUUGGUUAAAACAAACCCAAAUCGGAAUUCAGCACUUUUAAAUCCUGUUAGUGUACAACAGUCUUUGGCUCAGCAACAGAAAAACGAAGAAGCCAUAUUUAAAGUUCCAAAACUUGUAUCUGGUCUUCGAGCACCCGGUAGCAGUAAUGCAGCAGCGGCAGCAAGCAAGAGAGCUGGUUUGGUAAGACCAUCUUCCGGGUACUUCAGCCUUAAUGUAACCGCAAAGGGUGUAACACAAACACAUGCUGAUACAGACAGUGAUAAUGGUCGCCAUUCUCCUACUGACAGUAUGUCAUCGGCAUCUUCCAGAGGCAGUGCUCAAAGUCUGAAUAAGCCCUUAGGUAUUAAAGCACCUAGUGCAACGACAAACAAUACAACAGCAAUAAAGACAAGUAACGUUAAUGCUACAGCCGGUCUAACGAAAAUUACAGUCGGUUCUACAGGUAUUCCGAAGCCAUCUGGCCUAAGGCCUCCCUCGGCCAUUAAACGCAGUGGACUUCCUCGACCAUCUAGUUUUGCAAAAUAA